AUGGGCAGUCUAGAACUAGAACCACCCAACUCUAACACCACCCCCAAGCCCCUAUACUCCGACGCCGAAGACGAUGACGUGUCUCCCAUCGAACAAGUCCGUCUGACCGUGACCAACACCGACGACCCGACCCUACCCGUAUGGACCUUCCGGAUGUGGUUCCUGGGUCUUCUCUCAUGUGCCCUCCUUUCAUUUCUCAACCAAUUCUUCUCCUACAGAACUGAGCCUCUCAUCAUCACCCAAAUCACUGUCCAAGUCUCAAGCCUCCCUAUUGGCCACUUCAUGGCCAAAGUUCUCCCAACAAACAAAUUCCACAUACCCGGGUUCGGGUCCCGGUCCUUUUCUCUCAACCCGGGUCCUUUCAACAUAAAAGAGCACGUCCUCAUUACCAUAUUUGCUAAUGCUGGAAGUGCUUUUGGAGUUGGCUCAGCUUAUGCUGUUGGGAUUGUCACCAUAAUCAAAGCGUUUUAUGGCCGGAAGAUCUCUCUUCUGGCUAGUUGGCUACUUAUCAUCACUACCCAGGUGUUAGGAUACGGAUGGGCUGGGCUGUUAAGGAAGUACGUUGUUGAGCCCGCCCAUAUGUGGUGGCCCAACACACUCGUUCAGGUCUCGCUUUUCCGGGCCUUGCAUGAGAAAGAUGAGCAACGCAUGUCACGGGCAAAGUUCUUCCUAAUUGCUCUAGUUUGCAGUUUUACGUGGUAUGCUUUCCCAGGUUAUCUCUUCACAACACUCACAAACAUAUCAUGGGUUUGCUGGAUAUUCUCCAAGUCAGUUACAGCCCAGCAGAUUGGCUCAGGCAUGAGAGGCCUUGGAGUUGGAGCCCUGACACUUGACUGGUCAGCAGUGGCAUCCUUCUUGUUCAGCCCCCUCAUCUCCCCUUUUUUUGUCAUCGUCAAUGUUUUUGCGGGCUAUGCAUUGAUACUCUACUUCGCAAUCCCUAUAGCAUACUGGGGACUGGACUUGUACUCUGCACAAAGGUUUCCUAUUUUUUCCUCGCACUUGUUUACAGCGCAAGGUCAAGAUUACAACAUAACAGCUAUAGUCAAUGACAAGUUUGAGUUAGAUAUUCCAAAGUAUGAGGAGCAAGGACGGAUUCACUUGAGCACCUUUUUUGCUCUCACUUAUGGCUUUGGUUUUGCAACCAUUGCCUCCACCCUCACACAUGUAGCCUUAUUCUAUGGAAGAGAGAUACUUGAUCGCUAUCGUGCUUCUUACAAAGAAAAGGAAGAUAUCCAUACAAGAUUGAUGAGAAGAUACAAGGACAUACCUUCCUGGUGGUUUUACAUGUUGCUCAUCAUUACAGUUGCAGUUUCUCUUGUACUCUGUACUGUCUUGAAUGAUCAGGUUCAGAUGCCAUGGUGGGGACUCCUAUUUGCUGCUGCCAUGGCCUUUGUAUUCACCCUUCCUGUCAGCAUCAUAACAGCAACAACAAACCAGACACCAGGGCUAAACAUAAUAACAGAGUACAUCAUGGGAAUCAUAUUACCAGGGAAGCCAAUAGCCAAUGUAUGCUUCAAAACUUAUGGCUACAUGAGCAUGGCUCAGGCAGUCUCCUUUCUGAAUGAUUUCAAGCUCGGACAUUACAUGAAGAUCCCUCCAAGAUCAAUGUUUUUAGUUCAGUUCAUCGGAACGAUUCUUGCUGGAACCAUCAACCUUGCAGUAGCAUAUUGGUUGCUGAACUCUAUCACAAAUAUAUGUGUGGAUGAUCCUCAUUCGGAUAGUCCUUGGACAUGCCCAAGUGACCGAGUUUUCUUUGAUGCUUCUGUGAUUUGGGGUUUGGCGGGACCUAAACGUAUAUUUGGAACUCUUGGAAUCUAUGGAGCCAUGAACUGGUUCUUCCUCGGAGGAGCAGUCGGACCAGUUAUUGUUUGGGUACUGCAUAAGGCAUACCCAAAGCAAAAUUGGAUACGCCUGAUUAAUCUUCCAGUCCUUCUGGGAGCAACAGGAUCGAUGCCUCCAGCUACAGCAUUGAACUACAAUUCCUGGAUUAUAGUCGGAACAAUUUUCAAUUUUUUUGUCUUCCGUUACAGGAAGAAGUGGUGGCAGAGGUACAAUUAUGUCCUUUCAGCGGCACUGGAUGCUGGGUUGGCUUUCAUGGCAGUUUUAUUGUACCUUUCAGUAGGCAUGGAAAAUAAAAGUGUGGCCUGGUGGGGUACAAGUGGUGAACACUGUGACUUGGCAACUUGUCCAACCGCCAAGGGCAUCGUGGUUGACGGUUGUCCAGUGAACUAA